AUGUUCAAUCGUGCGUUGAUUGGGAAAUGGCUGUGGCGCUUCGCUGACGAGUCUGGGGUUUGGUGGAAAAAGGUGGUAGAGGCCAAAUAUGGGGCUGUGAGAGGGGGUGGCGUUCUCGCAUCAGAUCCAAUUCUCAUGGUAUGGGGUUAUGGAAAUCCAUUAGUAGGGAAUGGCUGUGUUUCUCUCGCCAUAUUAGACUCAUUCCUGGUGACGGUUCCAGAAUCAGCUUUUGUGAGGAGGCUUGGUGUGGAACCUCGCCCCUUAAGGAGGUCUUUCCGGGGCUGUGCAGCUUUGCGAGUAAUAAGGAGGCUUCCAUUGCGGAGAACAUUGAUUUUUCGAGUGGCUCUCGUCAGUGGAAUCCUUCUUUACGCUCAUGAAUUGGGAGGUGGGGAAGAUAAGAUCUGGUGGGUUCCGGCAAGGAAGGGGAAGUUCAAUGUGUGUUCGUUCUACAACAUUCUCAUUUCUAAAGACAACACCCCCUUUCCUUGGAAGAGCAUUUGGCGUACUAAAGCCCCUCCGAGGGUGGCUUUUUUUGCCUGGUCGGCUGCUCUAGGCAAGAUUCUCACGCUGGACAAUCUUAGGAAAAUGAAUAUGGUGGUGAUUAAUAGGUGUGGGAUGUGCAAAGUGGAUGAGGAGUCGAUUGAUCAUCUAUUACUUCACUGCGAAUGUGCUCAAUUUUUAUGGAACGCUUUCUUUAGUCGGUUCCGUUUGGCGUGGGUGAUGCCUCGUGGGGUGAUUAAUCUGUUUCAGUGCUGGUGGAUGGGUGGUCGUCCUAGCAGUGCCAUUGUUUGGAAAAUGGCCCCUCUUUGCAUCUUGUGGUGCUUAUGGUCUGAAUGA